AUGCGUGCAUCACUCGGUCAAACAUCGAUCGUCGAUAUUCGUUCGAGAUUUUCGCCCUGCAAAAAUAUUCAAAAUUGGAACGACACAAGCACCGAUUGUUUUACCGAGAGCGGUAAUCGCUCAAUCAGUCAAAUCGUUAACUUCCGGGCACAUGGAAGUGUCAAAAUUGAACCAAAAUAUGGCGAGUUUGAAGUCUGUGUGACGAUACUGGAGGGUAAAUACUUGCCGCAAAAUGGCAAUCCUCUUGUUGUUGUUAAGGUUGGUCACGACAAGAAGAAGACUCGUGUAUGCAAUAGAACAGAUACUCCGUACUACAACGAGUACUUUGUCUUCGACUUUGCCUGCGACCUCGAAACACUUCUCCGCAAAAAAAUUAUCAUAUCCGUAUACAUGCAGAAUUGUUUGAGGCGCUUGAAAUUCUACGCGACAAUCAUGUUCGAAGUUGCUACCGUUUGGGAUCAGCCCGACCAUCAAUACUACCACAAAUGGGCCAUGUUGGUGAAUCCCAAGGACAUGGCAUCCGGACCUAAAGGCUACGUCAAAUGCAACAUUACGGUGAAUGCGAAGGGCCAAAUGUUUAAAUCACAUCCAGAGACAGAUGGAGAAGAAGAAAUCGAGGGCAAUUUACUUCUGCCAAUUGAGGGGGUGGGGAACAGACGCAGAGCUCGAUUUGUCUUCUCGGUAUACCGUGCCGACGGCCUUCCCGGGAUGGACGGGUUUCUCCGCUGUCAAAAUCACUCUGAGAAUAUCAAUCCCUACAUCCAGAUAUCGUUUUCCUCGAGGGAGCGAGGCCAUGCCUUGGUCAAUCACGAUCUCCAUAUCGUGACUCUUUUCAUUACGCGCUAUCAGAUUAGCGAAAAAUUGUCCAAAAGCGUCGGCGACCUUUCCAAACAUCCGCGCAAAAAUAGUGCCUGGGGCAGAACGAGCACUGAACAUAACAGUUUCGCGCCGCAGUUCAACGAGCGAAUAAUAUUUAGGGAGAUGUUUCCUCCGCUGUGUCACCGGGUUAGGAUAGCAAUAAAGGAUAAGAGCUGCAGUGGGUGCGGGAAUAGCGUUGUGGCGUAUCACAUUUUGAAUCUAAAGAAAAUCUCAAGCUUCGGCGAAUACGCAUUUUUACCCACGUUCGGACCGACUUUUGUUCAUUUCUACGGAAGUGGAAGCACCCGGGAAUGCGCUUGUAUCGGAAAAUGUGCCGCAACCUUGCCGGCGCACAGAGGCAGAGUAUUGCUCGCCCUGAAGACCGAAAUCGAAUACCCUGAGGCCCCAUCGACCCCCUUCGUUGAAGUAGAGCCUUGCACACCGGUCAUAGAGAGAAGCUUUUGGGAGACCGAGGAGUAUCUUCUGGUGGGCAUCGUUUUCGACGUUUCGAUGAUAGACCGUGGAAAAUACUCGGGAAAGAAGAUCAGCUUUGAAAUAAGCCUUGGCAACGCUGGUAACAAGAUGCUUUCCUACAGCCAAUGCGUCGAGAGCAGCGGGGAUGGGCUACUCGAAAGAGUGACUGCGGAGAAAAGUCCAGACUUUGAGAGCACGACGGUACCAACAGCGACGACCACCAUGGACCGGAAGUACGACUACCUGCCGUAUGCAGAAAACAAACCAUGCAUGUACGUCAAGUCAUGGUGGCCUAACCUGGAGUGGAGAACCUUCAACAGAAACGGCCUUGCUUCGAUUGCUCGAUUCCUUAGAAAGAAGCUGGGAAGCAUGGAGAAGUUGAUGAUCGUUCAGCACUCGAUAACGUAUAAGUACUACAAUGACAUGAUAAACGAGCUAAGUCGUCGUUGCAAGAGGUAUCUGAAGGUGCUGGAUGGCUGUAACCUCGAUGAAAUUGGGGGGACGACGAAACUGGACAAACAUAGAUUCAACGUUUGUCAUCUGGCCGUUGAGGACAUCCUGAAGGCUAUAAAGAUCAACGGCAGUCUACCGGACAACAACUACAUCAGGAUGGCAAUGAUACAUGCGCACAAGCAUUUGCGCUCUCUGGAAGAUAUUAUGGAAGAUCCUCAAGACGCUCUUCCUGACGUGUAUAUCUGGAUGAUCGCCGGCUCCAAGAGAGUAGCUUACACUAAAUUACCUGCGUUCCUUUUAACGUAUCAAGAGAAUGAAGAAUUUCGCGGAAAGUACUCCGGGGAACGUAUCAGUCUCUUCUUCAAAGACCCUCUCGACGACACCCGAGCCAUGGACCGGAGCGCUUGUAGUGCUGAAAUAUUCUUGUGGCUUGGAACUACGAAACACAUCAAUGCCUGCUGGAGUAUGAUUCCACCGGGUUACGAAGUGGACCAUGAAGCUGAGUUGGACGCCUUUCCUCCCGCGUUCGUAUUCACCAAAUCUGCAACAUUCCAACUCCGGGCCCAUAUAUUUCAAGGAAGAUUCGACCCUGGGAUGGAUUCCUCGGGUCUCUCAGACCCUUUGAUCCGAGUCAUAUUUAACGGACAUACGUUGGCGACGAGAGUGAUUCGUGAAACUCUGGCCCCACUCUGGGACCAAACGCUAAUAUUCAAACCCAUCAUCGUUUAUGGAGUCCGGGAGCAUAUAAAAAUGUCCCCACCUAAAGUUAUAAUGGAAGCGUUUGAUGAAGACUUAUGCGGACUUCUUGAAUUUAAUGGCAGAUGUAUCGCUACCCCUGUUGUAAAAUUGAACACGGAAACAUAUUCGCCACCUGAAUUUCCACCUCAGCUCAAGUGGUUCACGUUUCACAACCAAAAAGGAGAGGACGGAGCUGCUUUGGCAGCGUUUGAACUUAUAGAGACAGGUGAAGAUGAUAUUACAGAUGUACUGAUAAACGAGUCGACUGAUAGCAGGAUUUACAAUUUACCGGAAGAUAUCAGGCCGGUUAUGUCGAGCCACCGUUUGGAAGUAAUUUUUUGGGGAGUCAGAGCCCUGAAGAAGGUUUACUACAUGGCAGCAAACAAUCCGAUAAUAUCGGUGGAGUGCAACGGACAUGUCGUCAAAUCCGAGAUCAUGAGGAACUGUAAAAGUUUCAGCAAUUUCGAAGAAUCACAUGUGAUGAUUGACAUUGAUCUCCCAGAGCAGGACAUCUACUAUCCUUCUCUCACCAUCAAAGCCUAUGAUUCACGGAGUUUUGGAUGCUUAACGUACCUAGGAGUCACUAUAAUCCCAACCAUCUACGGGUUUAUCGGACAACUCAUCCCUGAAGAUGAGUAUUUCAAAAAAAUUAUCGACAACGACGAGUCCAAUCCACAUCUGCCGUUUUCGAGUGAUUAUGAUGCUGACCCACCGGAAACAGAAAGAUUGAUCAGUUACAAGCAGAUGGCGAACACGAAUGGAACAUCUCGUUUUGCAGCCUUCGUGGGAGGAAUGAAGAACAUUUUCAAGUGGAAACGAAAAAAGCAUUCAAAGGAUGAAGUCGUUUAUGGUACAGACGACGAUGAAUCCUAUGAUUGGUGGAGCAAGUACUACGCAUCCGUGCAGGAGGAAAGAAACGCCGAAAUGGGACCAACGGCCAAGUACCUCUACGACAAAAAGCCAAUAGCCACGUUCAAGGGGAAGGUUACUGGCAACGUUGUCGAAGAUGAGAAGAAUAAAGUUGGGAUUUUCAAGGGACAUAUUGCGAUUUACCGCUGGCCUCAUCCCUCGGGAACCGCGUGCAGGACGCGCAUCGGAAACGAUGCAACGCUGGGGAUUUGCGAUGAUUAUCCUUCGUCGGAGCCGUUGAAAGUCUUGGUUAGAAUAUACGUAAUUCGAGGUAUCAAUCUUCAUCCGAGAGAUCCUUUGACGGGAAAAUCCGACCCUUACCUUCGCGUACAACUAGGAAAGACAAUCAUCAAUGAGAAAAACAUGUACAUUGCCAAUGAGCUAAAUCCUAUAUUUGGAAAAGUUUUCGAAAUUGAUGCGAUGUUUCCAAAGGACUUUCUGUUGACUAUCCAAGUCUGGGAUUACGACGCGACUUCCUCCGACGAUUUGAUCGGUGAGACGAAGAUCGACAUCGAAAAUCGAUACUAUAGCAGACACCGAGCACACUGCGGAAUAUCUCGGGUCUAUACUGUGGAUGGAUACAAUGCGUGGAGGGAUCGAGAGAGCCCGAUUGACAUUCUCAACUACCUCUGCACAAAGAACAACCUUCCUUAUCCCGAGUUUCUUGAAACAGAAGUGAAAAUCGGAAGCCAAAGAUUUCCGUUUGCCUAUUCGAAGGAGUGCAUGGCCUUGAACGUACUUCACCACUGGAACAAGUUUCCAAUAUGCGGUACAACCCUGGUUCCCGAACACGUGGAGCAACGUCCUCUGUUCAACAGUUCAAUGCCGGGUCUGGAGCAGGGCAAACUGGAGCUCUGGGUCGACAUGUUCGGCGUAGGUGACCUGCCUCCGAGGCCAGCUAUUGACAUUAAACCGAAGCCACCAGAGGAUUACGAACUUCGCGUCAUCGUGUGGAACACGGAGGACGUUCCUCUGGUCGACAACCAGUUUCUUACGGGUGAAAAGUGCUCGGAUAUCUACGUCAAAGGGUGGCUGACCUAUGACGAUCAUCAGAAAACCGACGUCCACUACAACUCGCUGACCGGAGAAGGAAACUUCAACUGGAGAUUCGUUUUCCGCCUGACAUAUCUGAAGGCGGAAAAGAUGAUGCUCGUCAAAAAGAAACUCUCGAUAUUCGCGAAGGAUGCAACAGCACAGAGGUUGCCCUGCAGACUGAACCUCCAAGUCUGGGACAAUGAUCACUUUUCACCGGACGACUUUCUCGGCUCGUUGACCAUUGAUCUACCGAAGAUACCGAAGGGAAGUACGAACUCGAAGAACUGUACAUUAAAGCUGAUGGAACCUGGUGCACCGACGAUAAACCUCUUCAAAGCAAUGCGAAUUAAAGCGUGGUGGCCAUUCGUCCGAUUGGAAAAUGAAAAAGAAAUACAAGCGGGAAAAGUCGAAAUGGAACUGAUCUUAGUUCCGAUCGAAGAAGCUGAAGAUAAUCCCGUCGGACUCGGCAGACAUCCUCCAGAGCCAAUGCCACCGCCAAACCGGCCCGAUACCUCGUUCUCCUGGUUUCGUAAUCCCUGGAAAGCGUGCCGUUUCAUAGUAUGUCGAUACUACAAGUGGAAGAUUAUUUUUGCCCUCUGUAUAAUGCUGCUCACAAAUGAAGAUAACACAUCAUUGGGAAAAUUUCUAAACAGAGAAAAAAAGUGCCUACCUUCCGACGGUGGGCCAGAUCACCGCGUCUCCUUCGAUUGGAAGGAGUUCCAAGGAUGGCAGAAGUUGCCAGGCGCCCUGAGGGUCAGUUUACCGCGCGCAACGCCCGUCAACGCUACUCAAGAGGUUUACUUUACCGUGCAAAUAAUCCGGUCGACGAGAUCCUGGAAGAGUUACAGUUUUAUCCGUGUUGGCAGGCCCAAUGAAUUGACGUGUGAACACCGCGUUGACAAGUCUGGAUAUACGAGAAAAGAGUCGAGUGGCAUAAAACGUGUGGGUGGCAUGUGCGGCGAAGAAGCUUCUUUCACAGCAUCACCUCCUGAUCCAGAGUGCGGUGAGCACACGUGA